AUGUGGUCUUUGGGUAGUGGCAAAUUUACGCAUGUACGGACAUUGUUGGCCGUGGUAGUAUGUUUAAGCAUUGCGAGAAAAUCCUUCGCCUGCAACUGUGUGCCAGUUAACCUUUGCCCAAGCCCAGAGGUGGACUUGCGGCUGGCAGACAUAGACGGGUUAGUAUGUCCCGCGGAUAAAGUGUGUUGUGAUGUGCCGGUGGACGAAAAUCCUUCCCUAGUAUUAGACGAACUGACAGGAGCACCCUGCGAUGGGGUAUGUGUGACCAGUCCAUUGGAAUGUGCUGGUGAGGUUGACAGCGAAGAAUCCGGCAAGGAUUACAUCGAUGUCAGAAUUGCUGCUGGUGUUGGUUGUCCUGCCAAUCAGUACUGCUGUCGUUCGAAAACGGACGAGCCUGCAACCUGCAAUGAAACAUGCCAACCGAUGUCGCUCUGUACACUGCCCGUAGCUGGAGGUGGUUGUGGCGAAGAAAACAUAUGCUGCCGUAUGAAUCGCUCACCGUGGUUUGAAAUGAUCAACGAUAUAAACCGCAUGGCCGAUCCCGAACCCGGCGUUGAUCGUGAAAGUGCAUGCGAGUGGCGUAAGGUGGGCGAAGAUGGCACCCGGUUUCCACGCUGGUUGGUUUCUGUGUGGGCUAGGGUUGAGAUCAUACCCGGCCUUCAAGCCGAUCAAUUUGUUUGCAGUGGAGUAUUGGUGGAUCCGUCGCUAGUGCUGACGACGGCAAGUAGUGUUAAAAAUGUGCCUACGGAGAAAAUGUUCGUGAAUGUUGGCGAUUACGAUAUUUCCAGCCGAUCCGCACUGCGAACGGAAAAUAUGUAUACCAUCAAGGAACAGACCAUUCACGAGGAUUAUAGCACUUUCGGUCUGCUACACCACGAUGUUGCACUGUUACGCCUUGCAUCCCCGGUUCACGAUGGACAGUGUGUUGCCACGCUUGCUUCGUCACUUGAAAAGGAAGAAGAUAGCAGCUGUUACACUAUCGGAUGGAACCGCACACUACUCGCGACCAGAUCUGGCCAACCUGGCCGUUACCCAGUACAGGUGACAAGCUUCUUGGACGAUCCGUAUUGUGCGCCGGGCGCAAUCUGUCUCGGCCGUGACGAAGGGCGAUGUAACUAUGAUACCCUGGACGGAUCGCCCAUCGUUUGCAUGGAAGGUGUUUUGGAAGUUGAUUGGAAGCUUCGAGGGUUGCUAGUGAACAACUGUUCGGGUGUGCCGAUUAAGAGUGUUGUCUCGUGGCUUGACUAUCAACGAAAUCCUGGAUUUGUUCAGGAAGUAAAACCGGCCAUUCCAGACAGACGGUAUUUGCCAGUGUUAUGA